UUUCUUAUAAAACAAAACAAAAGGAGGCCACAGGUUGAUUGGGGGGUGUCAGCUCCAGGCAAACCCCACCAGUGGGCCUCCAACUUCUUGAGAAACCAAGGCCAGCAGUGGCCUGGGAACAGGAGCAGCCCUGGGGCAGGUGGGAUUGGAGGCCUCAGUGGUCACCUCCCCAACCCAGGUGUGCCCAGUUCCCCAUCAGCAUCUCCAGGCCCCGUGGAGUCAGAGGGUGCAGGAGGGAUCAAGCAUCUGAGCACCCAUCAUUUUGCCAUGGGACCUGAGACGCAGAGAAGUCAACUGACUCAUAUGAGGUCACCCAGGAGUGGGUGGCUCAGCUGGGGUGUCGGCACACAGGCAGGGUUGCAAUGCCCCAUCCCAGCCCUCCUGCCCCAAUCAGCAGCUCAGAGCCUCCCAGCCCAAUCAGGGGCUAAUUGGAGUGGUGGGGCCAGGCUGUGGAUAUAUAAGAGGAGUGGGCAGGCCUGGCAGCCUCAUGCCUGGGGAGGGGGUCAACUACCUGCAUCUGUGUCUGCAUCUACCCGUGCAAUGGCUCCUGGGAGCAUUGCCUCCAGUGACACCUCCACCUCUUCAGCAUCCUUGACCUCCGCAGUGGGGUCAUCUGGGCUGUCUGAGUCUGAAAAGCCAGGCCUGAGCCAUAGUGGCAUCCGAGGGCCACGCCGUCACCCUCCCGUGCUGCGCAUGGUUCUGGAGGCGCUGCAGGCCGGAGAGCAGCGCCGGGGCACCUCGGUGGCGGCCAUCAAGGUUUACAUCCUGCAGAAGUACCCAACGGUGGAUGUCCUCCGGCUCAAGUACCUGCUGAAGCAGGCCCUGGCCACCGGCAUGCACCGUGGCCUCCUGGUCAGGCCCACCAACUCCAAGGCCAGAGGGGCCACUGGCAGCUUCAAAUUAGUUCCCAAGCACAAAAGGAAAGCCCAAUCUAGGAAGACAUCCGCCAUGACAGCCCCCAGGAAACCCGGUGAGGCCAAGGAGAAGGGUCCCAAAAAACCAAGGGAGGCAAAGAAGGACCCUCCCAACCCAGGUGAGGUGAAAAGGGGACCCAAGAAGCCAAGAGAGGCGAGGACAGGUCCUACCAAACUGGAUGCAGCCAAGGAGAAGGCUCCCAAGAAGGGCAGCCAGACCAAAGACCAAGAGGCAAGACUGAGUGAGGCCAAGAAGGCCUCCCAACAGCCAGACAAGGCCACGCAGGACCUUCCCAGUGCCACUGGCCCAAGAGGAAAGUCAAAGGUCAAAGGCAGAAGGAGCAACCAAGAUGGUGAGGCCCACAGGAAAACAAAAGCUGGGAGUCAGAAUUCAAAAUCAACGGUCCCCAAGAACAAGAAUAGUGCUGCUUCUCCAGCCAAAAAGAAAGAAAACAAGGUCCUUAAAGAAGUUGUUGCUUGUGGGGCCAAGGUGGGGCCCAAAGCCAAGGCCACUGCUCCUCCUAGGGCCAGUGGGUCUAAGACAGUGCCUGCACCCCUGGCCAGGAAGACGGGGGCCCCCAAGGGCCCGAGAAAGCCCAGCAUGCCCACCAAGGCCUCGUCGUCCAAACUGGCCAGUAAGAAAACAGAAGCUGAAAGCUAGAGCUGGGGUGGAGAGAGACUGAGAUUCUGCUCAAGUUUUUAUUUCCCAAAAAACCAUUACUCUAUUUAUUUCAUUGUAACCUAUUUAUCAAUAAAGGUGUUUUUCCCCUCACAAAUUGGUGUGAGGAGAGGCUGAA